UCAGUACACAGGAAGCCCAACAAGAGCCGAACCCGCUUCAAAAUCAGCGCGCGGGUCUUAAAAUCCUCGUUACCGCAGGCAAUGUUUGUAAGGAAUCGAGCUUUAAUAUCCACAGUUUUGUUGGGUUUUAUUUUCGCAAUAGGAAUCCUAAAGUUGCAGUCAAUUUUUUUCAGUUCAGGACGUUCAGAUGAUAGAUUAUUAUCAAUCAUAUUUGUAGGAGGAUUUCCCAGGAGUGGGACGACGUUAAUGAGAGUAUUGCUCGACAGUCAUCCUCAGAUAAGAUGUGGUCAAGAAACUCAUGUUAUUCCAAAGCUAUUACUUCAUGUUGGUCACUACAAGAGGCGAGAAAAGGCUCGACUAGAUGCUGCUGGAGUGACAGAAGACGUUUUAGACUCAGCAGUUGCUUCAUUUAUUUUACAAAUUAUUAAACGACACGGUAAAUCAGCAGCUCGCUUAUGCAACAAAGACCCCUUGACGCUAAGAAACAUGACUUAUCUUGCAAAACUUUUCCCGAAUUCUAGAUUUGUACUGAUGGUUCGUGAUGGACGCGCUGUUGUUCACUCAUUGUUGUCCAGGAAUAUUGUCAUACGUGGAAUCAACUAUAGCUAUGAGCACCUGUUAAGAACGUGGAGUGAUACCAUGACAAGUAUGACAAAGCAGUGUUAUUCUUUGAUUCCUCGACAGUGUAUUUUGGUACAUUAUGAACAUCUUGUGCUGUUUCCAGCCCAGACUAUGAAGAGAGUAAUGCAGUUUGUGGGUGUUGAAUGGAAUGAUCAAGUACUCCAUCAUGAACAACUGAUAGGAAAGCCAAUGGGACCUGUCGUCUCCAGGCUUGAAAAAUCUAGUGGUCAAGUGAAGCAGCCUAUCUACUACAGUUCUCUUUACAACUGGACAUAUGUUCUGCCCUCGACGGUAAAGCGAUCUGUUGAUAAACUGGCCCCAGUCCUUGCAGAGCUUGGAUACGAAACAACAAGUGAUGUACCUGACUAUUCUAAGAUAAAGUUCUCUGUUGGUGGAUUGACAUAAAGGGAAAUGUCUACAGAUUUUCUGAGUAACGCUACUAGUCACGCACUGCAGUCACUGCAACGGUAUCACAAGUUUUCUUGACUGAAAGAUUCACUCCCAACGGCAAGUGACACGUAUAAUAAAGAUUGCAGGCGGCUAGGAAGGAAUGAACAUUGAAAACAAGCCUGCACAUAAGCACACAUGUGUGAUAGGCACACUUGCGUGAUGAGUGGUGCAUUUAACGAUUAGUACCGCAGGCCGAAUGAAGACGAGAGGUCUAAGUGUUUUAGUAAAUGGAUACGAAAAAAUUGAAA